AUGCGUCUAGAUCUUGAGCAAGCAGCUGCUGUGGUAGUAUCUGCCAUGGUGACCAGUGGCCAUAUGGACUAUGCCAGAGAACUGGUCAAAGAAAUGAUCGGCAUUCUUACUAGCAGCAACAUGUGGAUUCCGGAGGACAGCGAUUUCGUCAGCAGCGAAGCAGAGACCAUUGCACUCAGAAACCUUUGCGCAAAAUUCCCAGUUUGGAUUGCAAAAGCAGGAACGGAGAUUGAGCCGCCACAGUCUCUAUCUGACCUGAUCGAAAUACUUCUGCAGGACAGACGGUAUGCGCCCCGCGAUCGCUGUCUUCACAUUCCAAACUGGAUGUUCAAACAAUCUGGAACUCAAAGACCAGAGUAUAUGAGCGAGUUCCACAGUACGGUGAGCCCCUCUGAGAUAUCAAAGGCCUUCCCGUCUUUCCCGCCAAUGGAUGAUGUGAUUGCUCUUCCCCGGAACACAUUUCGUACAUUACAACGUUCUAUUUUCCGACUUUUUCGCUUCUGGAGAGCAGAAUACCGGUUACAGUGUGACAUACAAACCCUUGAGGGAGAGGCCUUCUUUCCGACAGAAUGGAUUGACGAACACGUGCUUAAAGCAGACAGUAUUGCAUACCUGGGUCAUUGGUUCUUCCGCUGCCAGAGGCGACUGCAGAAGACAGUUGUCAGUAACGUCGCUUGGUCAAGAUUCCUGCGUAAAGGUGAAGGGAAGACCAUAUACCAAAACAACAUUAGUCUGCAGUCUACAUUUGAGAAAGUCUUGGAGACCUUCGUAGAAAGGUUUUCAGGAGGAAGAGACGACGAGUCCCUUGGAACGCCUGAAAAGGUUCUCAAGGUGGUUGACCAGACCUGCAUGUUGAUGAAGGAGUACGUAAGUCUUUUUGGAGCAGGAAAGAAGGAUAACCUCGUUUACAAAUUGGGUAAACGAGGGGGAGGUGGCAGAGGCCCAGUUGACCAAUACAAUAUGCUGUGCGAUAUCUUGGCAAAAUUAAAAAGAAAAGCUCAAGACAUGGGCAUUUUGACUUUCCGGGGCCAGUACUUAAGUUUUUGA